AUGAAGUUCUCCUUGGCCUUAGCGGUCUCGAUUCUCCUCCCUGUCUUCACUUGGCCUUGUGCCGACUCUCUUGGCAACGUGGAUGUGAAGAUAGAGUGUUCUCAAGACUGGGUGAUGGUGUCCGUCAGCCCACACAGAUACUGCAAAGGCAACCCGUACAUGUUCCCAGAUGAGCUGGUUCUGGGCCUGGGCUGCCCUGUGACUGAGAUCCAAACGUAUGUGUAUCGUUUUGUGUACCUUGUUAGUGCCUGUGGCAUCAGGACCCAGGUGAUCCUCGAAAACACUCUUCUUAUUCAAACAGAGCUGCACUAUACCCCGAGGGAUGGUCACGGUGACCCUGAGAUGAUCCCUUUGUUAUGCUUUACCACUACGAAAUCAGUGUGGAUUACUCCAGUUUCUGCUGAGGAUGACGUGAAAUUGGAGCCCACUCCUUUUAUGUCUGACUUUCAGACAACACCAGAAGAGUUAGGGUUAUUAAAUUCUGGUCAGAUGUGGCCCCCGUUGAAUGGAAAAACGAAGACUGGUCACUCGGGUGAUCAAUGUUGGAAAACAAUUUUUCAGGCCACCCAGGUCAUGACUGUAGCAGUGAUCCUGGCUCUGGGUGUUUUCCUAGGUUCCCUGGGGUACUUGUCCCAUCUCUUCAGCCACGACUUUUUCUUCACCUUUUACGCCGGCUACCCCUUCCGGGGCUCUGUGUUUGUUCUAGGGAUGAUGGACGUGCCUGAAGCCCUAGGAAGCGCCCUUGAGGAAAUGCAGUAG